AUGAACGUUCCACAUCCCUACCUCGACGGCCUUCCCGUCGUUCCCGGCCACCCUCCACCUGUGGCCAUUACUGUCCACGCGACGGUUGAAGUCAAGACGCGGUCACGGUCUAGUCCCGUGACUGCAACGUUGUGCAAGGACCUCCAGAAAGCAUUACUCUUUUGGGCGCAGCGGUCUGUGCUCUUUGCUCUUUGCAUCCCUUUCCUGCGCCGCCACCUUCGUCUCAAGGUUCUCCCCACGCCCGCUCCCCCCGAAGUCAGGCUCGAUGUCAGUCGCGAUGGAACGGCGAGUAGAGCGCUCAACAUGGGCAUCAUCGAGUCGCGCCUCAUGAUGCAGGGUGUGCUCACCGAGGAUGGCUGGGCUGCACUCACGGGCAAAGGAGGGCGCAACGCAAAGGACAUCUGGCUGGGUAUGGAGGAGACCCUCCAGGCAAUCGUCCUUGCUGCGGAGGACAAGGUUCCCGAGCGUUUUGGACCCGACAAGCGGACGGCUAACUUUGAGUGCCGAUACAAUGGGGAAGCGUACUUUGAAGCGGGGGAUCCACCGCGCAUCUCCAUCGAUGGCUUCACCAUCCUACGCAAGGCUGGCCCGCGCGGGACCCAGCCUGGUAGUGCGACGGACAAGCGAGUCUAUGGCUUGUGCGACCGCCGCCGAGGGCGCGUAUACGCUGCUGAUCUCGGGAUCACGAUGCACUGGGAUCCUAACAUGGACGAGCGGACGCGGAUGCAAAACUACCACAGUACGGUGGCAGCUGCGAGCUUCAUCCUCUACAACGACCGCAGGCGGGCUUUCCACAUCUCGAUUACCAUCGAGAACACCUGGGCGCGAUUGUGGUUCCACUCUCGCUCCCACACGAUUUGCAGUAUCUCGUUCGACAUCAACUCGUCGUACACCGACUUCAUCCACUUCGUCCUCUUUGCCGCGUACGCUGAGCCGAAGCAGAUUGGCUUCGACCCGUCUGUCACUCGUGUUGUCGAUGCCGAUGGCUCUCCGCAGUAUCAGUUCCGCAUUCAACAUACUGGCGAGGACGUUCAGCGCACGUACCAAACCAUCGGUGUCCUCCACGAAGCCGCAGCCACCGCGCAGCUCCACCAUCGCUCGAUGGCCGUCUAUCUUGUGCGCCCUGCGGUCGAGGGUGACGGAUUGUCCAUAGUCUCAGACGUCACCGCCAGCCGCGUGCUUCGCGACUUCUUUCAGCGCUUCGACCAGCCCAAUGAGUUGGCCGCGCGGAAUCACAUCCUGGCGAAAAUGAAGCGAAAGGCUCGUAACGCGAAGGAGGUUGCGAUCUGUGAGAGCUUCUUCGUGUCGGUACUGGCCGACGGCGAUGUGGCGUUCGAUCUGUGCUGGUGCUCCCCCUAUCCUGACCGACAGUUGGACAUCGUCCCCCGGAACAGGAGACGGACGCUGUACGGCGAGGUGUGCCAGGAUUUGUAUUGCGUCAGGAGCCCAAGACUGUAUUUCUUCGCUAUGGGGGAGGCUUCCAAGAUAUUGGCAUUCAUGCUACGUGCGGAGACCGUCCACAGGGACAUUAGUCCUGGCAAUUUUCUUCUCCAUGCACGCCCUGGACGACUUGCCCUACCUACGAGCGAGGAUCUCUCCGCGUGCUACUCGGUCAAGAUCACAGACUUCGAGUACUCGAAGGACUACAGCGAGAUCGCGCCAGAGGACCUACGGACUGGUACCGACUUCUACAUGGCGGUCGAGGUCCAAGCAGGCAGCCACCUCUUUUAUGACGAUGAUGAGCCAGACACCCUCCUCGCCGCCAACCACUUCUCAUACAACUUCUACCACGAUGGGGAGUCCCUCCUCUGGAUGGCCCUCGACUUCGCCCUGGGGUACGUCUCGGUGAAGGUCUUGGAGGAUACAGACCCGGAGACGAUGUCGAAGUGGCUCUGGUGGCAAACGCAAUAUCGAAAUCUCAUCUUCGUUAAUGAGCGCGGGUCGCAGGAGCGCGAGGACCUCAUGAUGGGCAGCCGGCUCGAACUCGCGCGCGUAGAUAUGAUCCUCAAGCGUGCUCACGGCGAAGGGUCGUCGAUGCUCAAGCUCGUUGAUCUGUUUCUCGCCAUGGGCGACGCGCACCGCUCGGUGCAGAUGGAGGAGGAGGAUCCGGACGCGAUUGCCAACCCGGACUCGGUCGACAUCCCGUUCAAGCAGCUGUCGGUGGAGAGCUUCGACGGGGCGAUAUACUGCGAGAUGCAGGAGAUGUUCUUGCAGAUUAGUGAGAGCUUCUCGGGCGAGGACGACGAGGUGGUGUCGUUAACCUCCUUGUUGGACCGGAUGGAUAGGCCGGCGGACCCGUAUUGGAUGUGGGAAGAGCUUGACGUGGUGCUGCCUGACGAUGUGGAGGGCGACGAUGACCUCGAAUCGCUGCACGAUGUGGUCUCCGACGCGGACUCCGAAGAGCUGACGGAGGGCGCCCUGUUGCGGAUCAUCGUGCAAGACGUUGACGAUAGCGAGGAUAGCGACGACGACCUGGGAGGCCCUGUCGAGUCCCCUUCCCCACCUGCAGCGACACCGAACAUGGAGGUCUCGACGGGCGCUAGUCCCCAGAUGUUGGACACGGCGGCGCUGGUGGUUGAUGUACAUCGCCGGCUGGCUGCGCUGUCAGUUGCGGACCAGCCUCAGGAGAAUACGCCGUCGCCUCUUGGGGUCAAACCCUCUCGUUCAACGCUGGGAUUGCGGGCAGAGGAGGUGAGGGAAGACAAGGAAAACCAGCCCGCAUCAUUGUCGAAUGUCAACGACAACGAAGCCUUGCCUCCGAGGAGGCGCACAAAAAGCGGCUCGCGCUCUCCUCGAUGCUGAUAUCGACGAUGUUUCAAAACGCAGCUUACCCUGUAAAUAAGUUAUCGGACGACCGUACCAUUAUUGCUCUGACGUCCGGAGCUUCCGCAUGCAUGAGACUUUCUCAUUCACAAAACAUCACUUGUACAAAUCUAAGCCGCUACUUUGUACGAUUGUCUUCACGUCCACUUUGGGAGUAAACGUCCCCUAGUACUUGCCCGACUCCGCAUACGGCACAUAUGGCGCCUUGUAGAACGCCUCUGCGAAGUCCUUGUAGGUCUGCGUCUUCACAUCGGGAUAAAGCUCCUUGAACAGCAGCGCGCCCGACGCUUUGGCCUUUUCCGACUUGUUGUCGCCGCGGAUGUACAGUGAGUUCGCGUACUCGACUGAGCUGAGGACGACGCUGUAGGGCGCGUCGGGAGGGGUGCUGGCGCGGAUGGCGGCAAGGUUCUGGAGGAAGAUUUCCUCGGAAAUC